AUGAAACAGAAUUCAUGUUUAUCUUGUCCAUCAGGAUGGAUAGAGUGGCAACAUGAAAAAUGUCUUUUAUUUAUUGUGCCAUCUAAGAAUGAUUUUACAUAUGAAAAAGCAAGAAAUAGUUGUCUAACAUAUUCAUCUGAACUAUUACAUAUAGAUAAUGACGAAGAUUUUAUGAAAUUUCAAUACAAAAUAGAUGAACUAUUGAGAGAUAAACAAGAUGAUAUAGUUUGGAAAUUUCUAGGUGAUGGUGUUUGGAUUACACCUACAGUACCACAAACUCACGCACCACAAAUAAUAUAUCAUACAAAUGCACCACAGCAAUUAUUACCACAAACUUCUAAGUCAAAUAAUACGAUAAUCUACAUUGCAAUUGGUGUUGCUGUUAUUAUUCUCAUAUCGGUCGUACUUUGUUGUUGCUGUUUUGGUGGUGGCUUUUUUCUUUGGCAGAAUGAUAAAGCAUCAAAAACACCAACAAGACCAUCACGUUUCCGACGACAACGUGAUCGAGUUAGUGUCGACUCAACUGCUAGCGAUGCAACAUCUUAA